AUGGGCCGGCAACAACUUCUUUCUGCUGCAGUUGCACUCUUUGCUUUGGUAGGUGAACUCUUGGCCUUGGCAGGUGGACUCUUUGCUUUUGCUUUUGCUUUGGAUUUGGAUGGUGCAGGUGCUUUGAGUCCCAUUUUAGUAGCAACUGGUGCAACGGCUGCUGUAGUCUUGUCUUUGAUUCUGGUGAGAAGCGGUGCAGGUGCUGGUGCCCUGCUUUCUCUGAGUGGUUUAGCCCCGUUUGCUAUUUUUCUCAUUCCAUAUAACAAUACAGGGGAAAAAGAGCCAAAGAAAAUGGCAGAGUACUUGGUUACUGGAGGAACCAGCUUUAUAGCAUCUCACGUUGUUAAGGCACUUCUCGACUUGGGUCAUUCCGUAAGAACAACUGUUAGGGACUCAUCAGGUACUUUGUUUUCUCACAAAGAUUCCGAGGCUUGGUCCAACAGUUUUGAUUUGUUAGUAUUGAAAUGGCCGUCUCCUUUCCCUUGUGGUUCGUUUUUAUCAUUCCGUAAAGAUGAAGAGAAGGUGAGUUUUUUGUGGGAGUUGAAAGGAGCAAAAGAAAGGUUGAAGAUUCACGAAGCCGAUUUAACAGUUGAAGGAAGCUUUAAUGAGGCAGUCUUCGGUGUUGAUGGAGUCUUCCACAUCGCCUCUCGGGUUUCUGUUUGUCUUAACGACAACGAUCUGGAGACGUUGAUGGAAUCUGACGUGAGUGGAACAAGGAAUUUAAUGAACUCUUGUGAAAAAUCCAGAAACACUGUGAAAAGGAUUGUUCUCACGUCCUCUUCAACCUCAGUCCGUUACCGUUUUGACGCAACAAAAGUCUCUCCACUUAACGAAUCUCAUUGGAGCGAUCUCGACUACUGCAAACGCUUCAAAAUAUGGUAUGGUUACGUAAAGACUUUAUGGGAGAAAGAAGCUUGGAAGAUCGCAGACGAGAAGAAGCUAAACCUAGUGGUGGUUAUCCCUUCAUUUUGUAUCGGUCCGAUACUUAGUCCAAAACCCACAAGCUCCCCUCUAGUUUUGCUGUCCAUUGUCAAAGGUGUUCGUGGAGAAUACCCUAAUUUCAGAGGAGGGUUUGUGCACAUAGACGAUGUAGUUGCUGCACAAAUCUUAGCAAUGGAAGAGCCUAAGGCAUCAGGAAGAAUCAUAUGUUCUUCGAGUUCGGUGGCUCACUGGUCAGAGAUCAUUGCAAUGCUAAGAGCCAAAUACCCAAUAUACCCAUAUGAGACCAAGUGCGGUAGUGAAGAAGGGAGAGAUAUGCCUCAUAGCUUGGACACAAGAAAGAUACGUGAUCUUGGCUUUGCGUCUUUCAAGUCAUUAGCUGAGAUGUUCGAUGACUGCAUCAAGUGUUUCCAAGACAAGAGUCUACUCUGA